UCUUAAAUCAUAUAUCUUCUCUCUUCAUUUACCUCUUAAAUCAUAUAUCAAAUACACUGUAAAUCAAUGAACGAUUGUCAAAAAAAAAAAAAAAACCCUGAUUUUGCUUCUCAUCUUCUGCAUCAGAACUCCUCUUCUUGGAUGAACUAAACCCUUGGCAUCUCAUCUUCUCUGUUAAUUUCUAGGGUUGAAGCUGCUAAAUGGUUUGAAGAAGUGGUUGUUUGAGUAAUCUAAGAAGACAUAUUUGAGACAUCAUUAGCUGAAGAAAUUGUUUUGAUUGUUCUCCCAGAAUCCCAAGUGUUCUUCUACGACACUUUGUCACUUCGUAGAAGACUGGUUCGACAUCGCUGAGCCCGUGAAUAGCUAGUGUGAGUCCCAAGGAAUUUCAUAUUAUCGGAAGAACUUGAAAGAGGAGAAAAGGGAAUAGGGGAUGGAGCUGUUAGCUACGGGAUGGACGAUGCAAAUGAUGUGUACAUGCAGUCAUGGACAGGAACUAUAAUUGGUCCUCUUAAUGCACAAGCCAAACUCAAAAUACAUUUCAGAUGUUCAUGUUACAAAGUCAAAUGAAAAGCAUUACAAGCACAAGCAGAACUCAAACUACAUUCCAGCUGGAUCUGAAGUGGAACAAGUGCAGCAAGUGUGUCCCGAUUCUAUCUGUCCUGCAGCACAAACAGUACAUGAGCAAGUCUUGUUGGAUUCCACCACUGCUGAAUCAGGAGAAGCACAAGAACAAGUGCAACAAACCUCACAACUUUCCAGCAUUCCUGCAUUACAUGCAGUUAAUGAACAAAUCCAACAAGAUCCAUAUGAUUCUACUAAUCUUGAAGCAAAUGACCAAUCUCGGCCCUUCCACUCAGAAAAGAAAAAGAGGUGGAACACAAAUGCAAAGUGUACAUGGACGGAGUGAGCGCAAACUGAUCGUGCUAAAUGAGUUGCACCAACCCAUUGGUCCUACUGAAGCAAUUAUUAAAGAGUUGGGUAGCUUCCUCGGCACAUUAGCAAGGAAUGGGACCUUUUGUCCUCUUAAUGUGUUUAAAUGGAAGAAAUUGAAGACACAUGAUGAUAUGUGGAACUAUACCUUGGAGAAAUAUGACAUUCCUAAAGUAGCAAAAGAAUGGACUUUGCGAACAAUUCAACUUGCUUGGAGAAAGUAUAAGAAUGGGUUGAAGAAGAAACACUACUAUCGCUACGCCAAUGACGAACUUCGAAUGGCAAAAAGGCCUAAAGAAGUUUCAGAAUCUCAAUUUAAGGCUCUCCUCGAAUAUUGGAACUCCGAUGCGGCUCAAGACAUGUCCAGAAAAAAUACAGAGAAUCGAAAAAAGUUGAGGUAUCCACACACUGUUGGCAAAACAAGUUUUGCUAUAAUCCGUGAGAAAAAAAAAAAGGAAAAUCCUGAAGCUUUGUCAAGUAAGGAGUUUUUUGUGGCUACUAGAAGAAGGAAACUAGGCCGAGUAUACAAGGACUCAUACGAAGAUACGACUAGCAAAAUAGCUGAAAUGGAGAGAAUAGAAACUCAAGAGAGUGAAGAUGGCAGUCAAUCAGUUGACGCAUAUGUAUCAGUAAUGGGACCUGAUCAUCCAGGUCGAGUAAGAUUGUAUGGACGUGGGGUUACCAAGACUCUCUUGAAACAGAAAACAGCAGAUUCUGGACCCUCUUCAAAUGUUACUGAUGAUAUAGAGAAAACAAUGGAGGAGAUAGAAGAGAGGAUGCAACAAAGAAUUCAGGAAAAAUUCAACGCUCAAAAGGAUACCAUGGAAAAAGAUAUUACAAUGAAAGUCAUUGCAAAAAUUCAGCAGCUAAAUCCAGAAUUCCAACUUGAUCCUAAUAUGUCAAGGUUCAGUGUUCGUUCGCCAAGAGAAGCUUCUUCUGCACCUGGUAACAAUCAAGGUGUCGAAAAUGAAGAAAGGGAAGGAGACAGUGAAGACAUUGAUCUUACUUGAGAAGAUCUUUUAUGAAGAUUUCUACAUGUUCUAAGAAUCUUUUUGCUAUCGAACAUUUUGAAACUUAUCCUAAAUCUUGAAAUGUAAAACUUAAUUAUGCAUUUUGGGUUGAACAUUUUGCUUUUACGGGUAUAUAUGUUGGAUUAGGAAUGUUGGAUAUUUUGGAUUAUGAAAAAUUGUGUUUUCUGGUU